UCCCUGUCCAUUGCCUUGGACUAACUUUUAAUUUGUAGCCGUCUCCAACCAUCACAAUGGCCGGCCACCACCACCACCGCUCUACUCCGCUGCUAUCAUCCGCCACGUCAGCCUCGUCCUCCUCCCAGUCCUUCCUCUCUAAGCUUCUGCUCCUCCUAACUCUUCUCCCUCUCUCUUUAGCUGCGUUAGCCUUCGUUCUACAGUGGCGCGGAGGAGGUGUAUCCGAUCCCACCAUCGCCACAUCCGGCGCCUAUUCCCGAUGGGCACCACAGGGGUCCCACCAUGAGAUCUUCCCUGGCAUGGAGACUUUCUCAACUCUCUCCCCCAAAUCGCAUUCUUCUUCUGAUUGCAUCAAUCUCGGUCGUAGCUCUUCUCCUUCUCUCCCUUACUACGGGGACUGGAAAUUUGGCUUUGAAGCUAAUUUAAGGCCCAAGAUUUGUAUAACAACAAGUACAUCAGCUGGCUUGGAUCAGAUUUUACCAUGGAUGUUUUACCACAAGGUUCUUGGAGUCACAAACUUUUUCCUCUUUGUUGAAGGGCACACUGCAUCUCCAAAUGUUUCUAAAGUUUUGGAGUCUAUUCCUGGAGUAAAAGUUAUAUACAGAACGAAAGAGCUUGAAGAGCAGCAGGCUAAAAGCCGGAUCUGGAAUGAGACAUGGUUGUCAAGUUUCUUUUACAAGCCUUGCAAUUAUGAGCUAUUUGUAAAGCAGUCUCUCAACAUGGAAAUGGCCAUUGUCAUGGCAAGGGAUGCUGGAAUGGACUGGAUACUUCAUCUUGAUACUGAUGAGCUAAUACACCCAGCUGGUGCACGUGAAUAUUCUUUGAGGCAGUUGUUACUUGACGUACCUAGCAACGUUGAUAUGGUCAUAUUUCCGAACUAUGAGAGCAGCGUUGAGCGAGAUGAUAUCAAGGAUCCUUUUACUGAGGUUUCAAUGUUCAAGAAGAACUAUGAUCAUCUACCAAAGGACACCUACUUUGGCAUGUAUAAAGAAUCAACUCGUGGUAAUCCGAAUUAUUUCUUGACUUAUGGGAACGGGAAAGCAGCUGCCCGUAUUCAGGAUCAUCUUCGUCCAAAUGGUGCUCACAGAUGGCACAAUUAUAUGAAAACCCCAAAUGAAAUCAAAUUGGAGGAGGCUGCUGUUCUACACUACACAUAUGCCAAAUUUUCAGACCUAACAUCUAGACGUGAUCGGUGUGGCUGCAAGCCUACCAAGGAAGAUGUCAAAAGAUGCUUCAUGUUGGAAUUUGAUAGAGCUGCAUUUAUAAUUGCUUCAACUGCAACAGAGGAAGAGAUGCUUAACUGGUACCGUGAACAUGUUGUGUGGGGUGACAAAGACCUAAGGCUUAAACUCCUGAGAAAGGGUAUUUUAACUCGCAUAUAUGCUCCAACGGCCAUAAUACAAGGUUUAAGAGAGUCGGGGGUAUUCAGCUCGGUUAUUGAAAAUGCCGCUAGUAGUAUUUCAAAGGACAAGUUUUUAGCGUCCAUUGACAGUAGCAACACAUCUAGAGUUGUUUCCCUGGCUUCAAGAAAGAUUGGUAGAAACAGAGAGCAUCAACCAUCUGUUAGGAAGGUGCUGGAAAUUGCAGCGUAUGAGGUAGCAGCUGUUCCGCCUUUGUCACCCCCUGCAUGGACAUUGGAGCAAUGAUGGAGUGACCUAUCUAUCUGCAACCUUCUUUAUCAUGUCUUCUGCUUCCAACACACCGGAGUCACAGAGCAAGCGAAGGAGCGGGUAUGCAAUAUCUUCUUGUUGUGUAUAGUCUGUUAUAAAGAUUUCUGCUCUGCCGUUGAAUGUUUGAAGCAAGAAUCUGCCGCCUGUUGUCAUUUAUAAUAAUGUAUUUCAGCAUUGCUAGAAAUUGAAUCGUCAUCAUAUAAUUAUAAUUGUAGGUCAAGUUUCUGUAUUUGUUAAAAAAAUACAAGUAAAUGAAAUCGCACUAUAACUUGGUAUA